GCGAAUUUUAGGUCCUUCCCGGAGGAUACAUUUGAUGUAAUAUUUAAUUUACAACGCGCGCCCACACAGAUAGAUAGUCGCGGUAAUUCAAGCGUGCAUUUUACGAUCUAAAGGACGAGUUGCUAUUAUUCACCUUAGGAUUUAUAUAAAGGUUUUCUUCUACGUUAUCUUCCCGUUAAAAUGAAGAGAUAACCGCGCGGGAAAAGUGUUGGUGCGCACACGGAUACGCGCGCAAAGCAUGUGACAGCUACGGGAGAAGAGGAGAAAGAGCGUUAUACGAUCCACCUAGGUCGGUGCACUUUGACCCGUUCGCGAGGAAAAUCAUAUAUCGUCGCAGAUAUUUAUUUCGCCAGAGCGAGAGAGAGAAGAGAGAGAGAGAGAGAGAGAGAGAGAGAGAGAGAGAGAGAGAGAGAACUCACGCCCUAACUUUGUACAGGAUGCUAGAAGAAGCAAGCAUCGAUUCGAGAUCGUAUUUAUCUAUGCAAAAUUUUGCUUUUUAUAAUGAUUCAAAAUAAGAUCGAUUCGCGAUCGCGAACGAUCGAUUUAUAUCGAGAUAUCGAAUUAGGGGUAAUCUGCGAAAGGAGCUAGGAGGGUUAUUGACAUCUCGAGCCUGUACUUUUUCAGCCCGUUUGGGAAAAUGAGCGGAGUAGAGCGUGCAUAAACGGCGAGCAUUUCCAGAGGGAAACUUGGCGAAGGCUCGGAACGGAUACACGAACACGGAGAGGGUUGCGUGAAGUACAAUCGAGGCCGAGAGUGCACGCGUUCGUCCAUGUAGCCGUGGAACGUCGUCGGUCGCUCACGGUGUUGCUCCGCCGCGCCGGUAGGGUGUGCUGUCGUCGGUGCGCCGUGCGCGGGAGUGGGGAGGGGUUGCCUCGUCCCACGUGACUCGCGGCGGCCAAUAGGCGGCGCGCAUAGCCGGCGUCCGGCACAUGGCGGACCGCCGGCUUCGACUCGCGCAGUACGUCGCAGUCAGUCGCAGUGGUAACACGAGCGAGAGGGUAGUUGCACGCGCCUUCGAAAGGAAAGAUCGUGGUGAAGAGAGGUGAGCGAGAGAGCGUGGGACAGACGGAGGGAGCGAGGAAGAGAGGAUCACGAGCGGGAAAGGGAAAGAAGGGAGCGGAAACAGAGAGCGAGCGCGCAGCCCCUUGCCUCUGUUUUCAGUGUUUCGGUCUCGCGCGACGACUCAACCUCUCGGUCUACGCUCAAGUCAGUCGGCCGGUUGUACGAGAUAGCCGAACAACGCGAUACGAAAUCGUCGUUGUACCUCACGUUCGGUCUUCGGGUGAAGAGAGAGAAGAGCGAGAGAAACGAACGAACGAAAGCAUCGGUCGAAACACACGCGAUUAUAUACUAGUGACGCGCGUGCGAGAGCGAUUAUACGAACGCUGCUCUUGGAACAGACGAACCGUACAAAACCGUACGCAUCCGAUAGAGAGACAAGACAGUAGAGCAGUGGGGAUAUCGAGAAGGCCAUUUUCGUCGCUGGUCCGCGGGUUACGUACGAGACGCAUCACACGACCGGCGUGUGUCUCCGACGCGAGAAGGAACGAGUGAGCGACUGAUUGCUACACCGCGUCAUCGUCGCGAAUCGACAUUCAGAGAGAGAGGAUCGGUGUAUAUACACACUACGAUCGUCGAAAAACGAACCGACGACAUUAUUACUCCCACGCGGUGCGGGUUGUUCGAAUCUCCGUUUUUUUACGCGUACGUAAUCGUCGAACGUGAACGACGUGACGUUGCUGCAGCGUCGCGACACUCGCAGCUAUAUUCAAAUUGUCUCACACUUGGCCAUUAUCAUCAUCAUCAUCAUCAUCAUCGUCGUCGUCGUCGACGUACCACGAUCGUCGCCAUCGAGAGAAGGUACGAAAUCGUUCCGCCUCGUUUGUUCGAUAAAGAAGAGACCACGGAGGAGAAGUGAAGCGAGGUCGACGACAGCGUUAAAAUACCCGGUGAACGGCAACGUGGACUCUCAAGUGCGCGUAUUUUUUUUCCAAUCAACCGCGACCGGUGUUUAUUGCACGAAGAUACGAGAGAUUAUAAUAUAAGAGCGAAAUGCCGACGAGUUUGUUCGACAUGGACCGCAACUCGAACAGCGCCUCCUUCGAGGAAAAUCGCGCCUUCGAGCUAGCCUUCUCGUUGCUCGGCCUGGAUAACCAGUCCGGAUGCCCCGGCAACGGCAACAACACCGCCAACGAUCCGGAUCCGCUGCAGACCACGCCGGCCGUCUUCGAGGAGGCGCGUUCCAAGAAGAGCCAGAACAUGACCGAGUGCGUGCCGGUGCCUAGCAGCGAACACGUGGCGGAGAUUGUCGGCCGACAGGGUUGCAAGAUCAAAGCGCUUCGAGCGAAGACGAAUACCUAUAUCAAGACGCCCGUGCGCGGCGAAGAACCCGUGUUCGUCGUGACAGGUCGCAAGGAGGACGUGGCCCGUGCAAAACGUGAGAUCCUCUCCGCCGCGGAGCACUUUUCGCAGAUUCGCGCUUCACGCAAGAGUUCGUUGGGUGCCCUGCUCGGUGCACCACCCGGUCCACCCGCGACGGUGCCUGGACACGUGACGAUUCAGGUCCGAGUGCCGUAUAGAGUGGUAGGUCUAGUAGUUGGGCCGAAGGGCGCGACCAUCAAACGAAUUCAGCAUCAGACGCAUACCUACAUUGUGACUCCGAGUCGGGACAAGGAGCCGGUAUUCGAGGUAACAGGCCUGCCGGAUAGCGUAGAGGCAGCUAGACGCGAGAUCCAGGCGCACAUCACUUUGCGUACCGGCGCCGCGCCCGGUAUCGUCGGCGACGAGACCGAUCUAUUGGGCGCUCUCUGUCGCGGUGGUCUCGGCUCGGUCCUCGGAAUUCAAGGUAUCGAUCAACCUGGAUCCAAUAGCUCUAGCAGCUCCAACGCGUUCUCCAGCAGCGGCAGUUGCAGCAGUUCGUCCAGCAGUACCGGAGGGAUUGGGCUCAACGAUAUCGUCGCCAUUUGGGGCGCCGGUCUGGAGAGAGACGAGGGUUUGGGGGAAUCGCCGUCGUUCGAAUCUCAGCCGACCUCGACAUCGUCGAUCUGGUCGUUCCCGGGCGUUGCGUUACCCUCGAGGCCGUCGCCGCCCGCGACGGCAAGUCCGGCGUCGCCCACGGACUCGCUUCUGGGCAACGGACGACGAGAGUGCGUUGUAUGCGGCGACAAGGAAGUCACCGCGGCGUUGGUGCCCUGCGGACACAAUCACUUCUGCAUGGACUGCGGCAACCGGGUCUGCGACAGCCAGGAUCCAAGCUGCCCGGUCUGUGCCAGGCACGUUCUGCAGGUGCUCCGCAUUUUCUCCUAAGAGGGGCCCCCUUCGAGCCACCGCCCGUCAGUCUCCCGUAAUAUGACACCGCUGGUGCACGCACCGGCAACUUACUACCUUCUACCGCUCCUCGAGCACCACGGUCGGCUAAUUACUGCUCCAGCACGCGCGACUACAACAGUGCGGACAACAACGUUGGCGACAACGACAAUAUCUGCGCGGUGAUUCUCUCUCGGCAUCCUCCGGAGUCGUCAUCAUCAUCAUCGUCGUCGUCGUCGUCGUCGUCGUCGUCUUUUUCAUCGUUCUACCAUGCUGGUGUGACGCCGUCGUCGUCAGGGGACCGAACGCGCACAAUGUCUCAAUUCCACGGCUGCCAAUAAUCUCUUUUACGCGACGGGAAUUCGCCUCGACGAAUCGCUCCUUUGGCUCGAUCGUCGUCGAGUCUGUCGAAUUUCCGCUGACCGGAUACAACGAAGCCAGCUUUUAAGUUCUACGAGAUAUAUAUUUAGAGAGAGAGACAGAGACAGGGAUGGAUACACUCACCCACCGUCUCAUCGUCCCCCUCGCCCCACCCCCAUCACCCCUCCCGUAUUCCACUCGCCUGUUCCCCGUCUCUUGACGCUUGCAUAGAUUGGGCUCGCGGCUCGUCGAGUACUCCAAUAAGCCUCGAGGUAGAUGAGAGAGAUGGUACGAGGGUACUGAACACAAGUAUUACCAUCGUACCGUCCCGACUGACGUGCGAGAAAGAGCCUCUCUAUCGCCCGCAAAAGAUCGACGCUGCGAUAUUCUGCGACUGAUAUUAUUAGUAGCGAGACUGAUGGUUACCGAGACGCUACUUUCUGUUUUCUUUUCAUCGCGGAGGCUACGAUCCGAACACGGAUCGAUCGAGUCGCGGAUCGACCGGCCUCAUCGCCGACCUCUUGACUACGCUUAACACUCCUAGUGUUUUGCUGUUUUAGAGAAAAAAAAAAACUCUCUGCUCGUUCCUGAAAUUUCUUUGGGUCGAACGUUUGCUGGGAACGGAGGCUGCUUGCUUAGCAUGAUGGAUCUUAGAGCUUUCUCGAUUCCCUUUUUCUUUUUUAUUAAUAAGUAUGACUGAUUGUGAAUGAUGAUUCACGUUCAAAUCAUAUCCAAAGAUCAAGCUUCAUUUUAAAAGCUUUUAUAUAUAUGUACGUAUGUAUAUGUU